GGCGCGCGCGGACUGGCGCGGACCUGCCCAGUAAAUGCGAGGCUUCCGUUCGACGAGUGUACGCAGCGGUGAUAGAGCGCGUAAUAAGCGCACCGUACACAGACAGUUGUUCGCACCUCGGCGACGUCGCCGUCGCCGUCGUCGUCGCUGCCGCUGAACGGGACCGUCGCUCCCACCCGGGCGUCGACAUGCCGCUCAGCAUCGGCGUGAACCUCCGGGUGACCGGCCACUGUAAUCAGGGCGGCCGCAAGUACAUGGAGGACAUGUUCUGCGUGGCGUUCCAGCCGACACCGGACGACAAGGACCUGGAGUACGCCUUCUUCGGGAUCUUCGACGGCCACGGGGGCGGGGAGGCCGCGACCUUCGCCAAGGAGCACCUCAUGGACAUCAUCGUGAAGCAGAAGAACUUUUGGAGCGACCGCGACGAGGAUGUGCUGCGGGCGAUCAGGGACGGAUACAUGAACACGCACUACGCGAUGUGGCGGGAGCUCGACAAAUGGCCGAGGACCGCGUCCGGGCUGCCGUCCACGGCCGGCACGACCGCCAGCAUCGCCUUCAUACGGAAGGGCAAGAUAUACAUAGGUCACGUGGGGGAUUCCGCUAUCAUACUGGGCUAUCAGGCGGAGGGUGAUCCGCAGUGGAGAGCGAAGGCGCUGACGAGGGACCACAAGCCGGAGAGCGGGCCGGAGAUGACGCGCAUACAGGAGUCUGGUGGGAAAGUGGUCAGUAAGUCCGGCGUGCCGAGGGUCGUGUGGAACAGACCUCGCAUCGGGCACAAGGGUCCGGUUAGAAGGUCCACGCAUAUGGACGAGAUCCCGUUCCUAGCUGUCGCGAGGUCUCUAGGCGACCUGUGGAGUUACAACUCCGAAUUGAACACCUUUGUCGUCUCCCCCGAGCCGGACGUCAAGGUUAUCCCGGUCGACGUCAAGUCACACCGCUGUCUCAUCUUCGGCACUGACGGCCUAUGGAAUAUGUUGUCGCCGCAAGCCGCGGUAACUAUUGUUCAAGCCACAGACAGACACAACGAGAAGCACUUGAUAGCCUCUCAGCAGACCGGUAACGGACAGGCUGAUCUACAAAUGUGGAUAAAUCCCUCGAAAAGUCUUGUGGACCGUGCGCUGGAGAGGUGGUCAUCGACGAGAUUACGAGCAGAUAAUACUAGUGUUGUAACAUUAAUGUUGGAUCCAUCAGGACCGUGUCGCAGCGAGGUCCUGUUUAAUCAAAAGAAAGAUCGUGUUAUACAUCACGGAACACACACGCCAACCACGACAAAAGAACCUGAAAGCGUCGAAGCAGUCAAUCCAAAAGUCCUAUCGCCAAUACCGUCGCCAAGCGCUUCCACGGAGCUUGAUAUCAAGCAACCGGAUUCAUCGAACGGAAACGAGGAGGCUGUCGAUCAGACGUCACAGCCGGAGACAGUGUCGUGUGCCGAGAAGUCGGCUUUGUCGGACAUUGACGCUUCAUCGGAAUUACGAGAGACCACGGCAGACAAGAGUAUCGAGACCACUGAUACCGACGAGAGUAUCCAGGUCGCCGAGAUCUCCUCGAGUCAGAUGCCAGAAGAACCCGGCGAUGCGGAAAGUAAGAGGGCGACUGAGACCAGUCACGAGAAAUCUGAACAUCCCGAGAAGGAGAAGAAGCAGGCAGUUGAGGAGAGUGAAAAGGAAAAGGCGAAGAUUGACGACGCGCAGACUCUGAGCCAAUCGAAUCCAAAAUCGAACAAAUUCGCCGAGCCUAAAGAAAUUGUGACUGCGACAGGAGUGUCUAACGUGACGCGACAGAAUACAUUUCCUGGCACGAACGAGGAGACGCUUCAACCUGCUCCCCUCGUAAGCAGGUUACGUCGAAGUGGCGGAAUUGUUUCAGUCAAGAGUAACAGUUUCGACAACGGCGAUGUGAAGAACGGAGUUUUGAACGGAUCUAGGCAUAAGCAGCACCCUUUAUUUCCCGCGAGGGCGGACGUCGGAACGAUAAAGCGACGGCACAGUCUCAGCGCUUCUCAAACGCAGAAUGCUUUCGCUGACGUCGCGCCGACUCCGGAUUCGAAGACUUACGUGAGCGUCAAGUCGCGGUACAACAGGGUAACGAAGCCGUCUGUCGCGGGAAGCGCAGCGGUGGAGGAGACGGUGAAGAACGCGUUAAAGACGACCGGCGAUUGCGUCAUGAGUAACAAACGCAAGCACAGCGCGAUCGCGCAGACAUCGGUCCCGUCGUCCGUUGGAAUCGAGAACAGCUGCGUGCAGCAGCAAGAACCCUGUGCCAAGAGGAGGACACGUUCCGAGGACCAACGGCACAGUCCCACGGACGAGAACGAUCCGGCGAAUAAGGCGUUGGAGAAUGCUAAUGCCCGAUUAAGUUGGCCGACGUCGGACAGGCGGUCAGACUCGUCAUUGAACGGCGCCAGUUUAACGGCGCUCUCUUCGUCAUCGAACACGUUCCAACGUAGGAGCUUGGGCAAAAAGGCUACGCCUGUUAAAGCCAUCAGGAGAUCGUCUAUCAACGGUUCGAAUCGAUUACAACAGCUAAGAGGUAGUUUUGGCCUAAGGGAUUGGGACCAAGGGAGGAAUAACAGGGCGAGCAAUUGUAACGGUAGAAGGACGUUAAAUAGGACAGUAACGGUAAUCGGUCCUACGGACACGACAUUACCCCAGCGAUGGUUAAGAUCAGACACGAUGGCGGCAACACCUGUAAAAACAUUACGUUCGCGUAACGUAGACAUCGCCGGACAUACAAUAUCCGCGCAAUUGGUUCACCAGUAUGGAGUAGUGAAGCAAAAUCGAUUGCCUCUACCGAACAAGUUGAAGCAGUCCGCGAACGGUGGAUCGCUGCAAUCGAGUAGAGUCAGGUCUUCCUCGUUGUCAGCCAGUAAACUUAAACAAGCGAACGGUAACGGUGGAAGCGUGAGUACUUGCGCGACCAUAAAUCCCUCGACCGCAGGUUCCACGUCUGGUAUAGCUAAGAAGGUGAAAUCACCGUAUAAUCCUAGCGCUCGAUCCCUGAGCACGCGAUCUCGAAUCAAACGUCUUGGAAAGUGAGAGGAUAGUCAACGGCUGUAGUUUUGUGAAUUGACGAGUUUCUUAGGGUAUGACACUCUUACCCUUAAUGUCACUAUCUGCGAAUUAUCUAGUUACGGUGUAAGAGCGAUUGUUACAUUGCAUUUUAUGUCUCUUCUUAAAACUUUCAUCCUUGAGACCGCGUAUUCUCUUUUAUUCGAUAUGCUAAAUCACGCAUGGGGGGGCCCUGAGCAUUUUUAAGUUAUUGUUUAUUUCAUUUUGGGUAGUAAAGUCACAUAUACAAAUUGCUUAAGCAACGUAGGAUUAUUUUAGACGAAAUUUGGUAUCGCAAGUACUUAUAUCUGCUUGUGACGACUACUGAUUUAGCGAAUGUACUAUUUGUAUUUUGUUAUUGGAAUUAUUUACACUGAUCUUUUAUGUUCGUACAUAAAGUGCAUAUAUCUAUUUCAUUUUAUAAUAUUGCUUGCUGCAUGGAAAUAAAUUGCUACGCUCUCCCAUUCUAUUUAUUAAACACGAUCAUUAAUUCCUCGUAAAGGAUACUGCGAUAUCGUUUAGAAUGGACUAAAAGAAAUUCAACUAGUCAUCCUUGAAAGGAUAUCGUUAUAUUCCAAAUUCUCUAUGUAGUUUACAAGACUGUGCUUUCGCAAUUUUUAAAGGAAGAUUAUAUCGGUCCCUCUUAUAUGAGCGGACGUUACAUUUACCAAAGUUCGGGCAAAUUUACGAAGUGUUCUUUUAACGAUUAAGUCAAUUGGCGUACACGGUCGAGAGACGAUAUUGUAACUUGCGACCACGAGAAAUUUAUAAUACACAAAAAAAACAAAAUAUAUUCCCGAUCUUUUGUAUGCUUUCCAAUAUUCGUGUAGAUUAGCAAGUGUCGCGUAGGACAAAAAAAAUAUGAAAGUAUAAUAUGGGCGUAAAGUAGCCUGACAAUAAGAAGGUACGGUUGCGUAUAAAGGCAUGGUUUCCGUAUGCUUAUCUCAUACUUGCACAUUCUCGGUGAUAACUAUUGUUUGCGAUCUUUACCUUGGACCGAAUGAGGCGACCAAACGCAAUAGGGUUGAAUAUGAAAUACGAACACGCGGCCCGCGUAACUGUGCACGCGUACUCCUGGAAAUGGUUUCUCUCACCCCCCUCCCCUCCCCGAUUGAUGCUCGCUUGACGGAUCGUAGUCUUCGACGACGGUUCGCGAGGGUCAAAAAGACACCGUAUUUAGAGAGUGUAUAAUGAAUUAAGGCAUUAAACUAUUAUCUAGUACGUAGGAUAUGCAAUCACACUGAUCUGCCUUGGCCGAGUACGGAGUGGUUGUUGAACAGUUGCGUGUAAAUAGAAAUUACAAUGAGAAUUAAUAUAUAGUUGAGAAUAAUUGAUUGGCAGCCUCUACCUGCGAAGUACAUCGAUACCGAUUCGUUAGAUAUAAACUGUUGCGUAGAUAAAUAAUGGAUAAAAAGGUACAGAUUUAUAAUCCGCCUCCGAAGGAGACUCCGGAGGCGCGCGGUCUCGAAUAACGACCACUCGGUACGGAGCACCAAACGACUGUUUACUGUGCGUUAUAAAAGUUUAGAUUGUUAGAGGGGAUGUUUGAAGCACAGCUUAGAACAAUCGGGGGAACUCAAAUUUCUGUCGAUGCGAACAAUUGUACAACAAUUGUGUUCCAAAUGCAAACGUGCACCAAUCGUACUAGUGAUCUAAUAAUACAGUCAUCGGGGAUAAGAAAGACUUAUAUCUGAUAUGUAUAUAUAUGUAUAUAACUGGCAUUAAUAGGUACACAUAUAUUAAUAUCAGAAUAUAAAUUACAGCGUAUAUAAUCCAUAACAGUCUUUCACAUUGUGUCUGGAGCAAAGAAUAAGAGAACGAUUCAGGAACAUUCAUUUUCUCGCUAUUAGAAAAACGCACAGCGCGUUUGUCUUACAUCUGAUUGGUGAAUGGAGAUUCGACACUUGAAUUUCGCUAUUACGAAUGUACGUCAUUUCCUGUUCUGUUUCAAUUACCUUUGCAUCCAUCGAGAACAAUAUCUUCGGUAAUGAGAGAGAGAGAGAGAGAGAGAGAGUACAUACGUUAUCUUACGGGACGUAGUCACUUUAGGGUUUAUACAUUUUUAAAGAAAAGAAAAAAUAAUAUAACGCGCUGCUGGAGUAUAUUACUAAAGUGUAAAAUGUUAACCGUAUAUAUUUAUCGAUAUUUAUUAAUUAGCUUUUAAAGACUUCGAUUUUUUUUCUGUGUAAAUAAGAUUGCGCAGAUUAAUAUAUGCUUGGAGUUAUAUCGUUCGGGAGCUGCUUAGAGAGAAAUUGUCACCGACGGGUGUAUCGAAGACGAGACCGAAAGGGAUGACGCGUGCCUACAAUAGUUACCACUCGCGAACAUGCGUGUAUGUGCGUGCGUGUAGACGAGGGAUUAUAUUUCUGAGAAAAGUUUCAAAUUAAAAGCAGGACGUCGCGAGGGGCAGCGCCGAGUUACCGAGCAGAGAGACACGUGCGUUAGCUAACGGCGAACAUUUAUUUUAAGAGUAUUAAUCUCUUUUUGGUGCAUGCCCAUAGGUCUCACGUUGCUUGUAAAUACAGUGUUAAUAGACAUAUAUAUAUACAUAUGCAAAGAUAUUGUAUAGAUAAAUUUAAGCGAUUACGGAAAGGAGCGAGGCGUCUGUUAAAACAAAUUGCGAGGGAGGCGAUCUUGAGCGAGAGAUCGCGUCUACCUGGCGCGCCCGUAGAUUUAUCAUUUGUUACGCCGUAUAGAUAUGAGAGCGAGUAUUUUUUAAGAGGUAAAGAGAAUAAAGAGUUUAUGAUGUAAGAGAGACACGAAGAGAGGAACUGUUAGUGAGAAGAAAUAUUAUAUAUAUAUAGCGAUUUUAUCUCAGGUUAAGAGAAUUGCCGAGGGGGAGUAGAUAUCGGAGGAACUCGAACAAAUGUGUGAUCACGUUUAUAUAAUCUGUAUAUUUUAAUUAAAUAAACUGAGAUAUACAAAUCCUAUUAUUAAACUGA